ACUUUAUAAGUAACAAUCCAAAACGCCCAUUAGAGCUCACCAACUCUGAGAGUCAGACCUUGUUUUCGCGGGAAAUAAAAAUAACAGACCGAUCGGGUCACUAACUAACUGAAACCGCACAAAAUGUCCAAAAUGACCUCACCAUUCUCAAAACUCCCACUCUCUUUCUUCUACUUCUUCAUCACUCUCAUGCCCUUCCACGUAAUUUCACAGUCCCCGGCCACCACCGCCGACCAGACAACCCUACUCAACCUCAAAAAGCUAUGGCAGAGUCCGCCGUGGACAGCCUCCUGGAACUCCUCAUCCUCGCCGUGCACCUGGCCGGAGAUUCAGUGCACCGACGGCACAGUCACCGGACUUCUCCUCCAUGACAAAAACAUCAUGGACACAAUCCCACCGUCGGUCUGCGACCUCAAAAACCUCACCAUGCUCGACCUCUCGUACAAUUACCUCCAGGGCGACUUCCCUAAGGUUCUCUACAAUUGCUUCGGUCUCCAAUACCUAGACCUCUCUCAGAACUUCUUCGUCGGCCCAAUUCCCUCCGACAUCGACCAGUUAUCCUCUCUCCAGUUCAUCAACGUCGGCGGAAACAACUUCUCCGGCGAGAUCCCGCCCGCGAUCAGCCGGUUACCGGAGCUCCGGACAUUGUACCUGUACCAAAACCAGUUCAACGGCACGGUUCCGAUCGAAAUCGGAAAUUUAGCGAAUCUAGUGAAUCUGGGUAUGGCUUACAAUACUAUGCUUUUGCCAUCGAUAAUUCCUAUAGAGUUUGGGAAUUUGAAAAAGCAGGAGUACUUGUGGAUGACGAUGACGAACUUGAUCGGGAAAAUACCGGAAAAUUUUGGGAAUUUGUCCAGUCUUCAACACUUGGAUCUCGCUAGAAACAAUCUGGAUGGUCCACUUCCUCAAGGACUGUUCCAAUUGAAAAACUUGAGUGUAGUGUAUUUGUAUAAAAACAAUUUGUCAGGUGAAAUUCCAACUCCAGUCGAGUCACUAAAUUUGAUCGGAGUGGAUUUAUCAGAGAACAACUUAACAGGUUCAAUUCCUCAAAGACUAUUUCAAUUGAAGAACUUGAAAAUAAUAAUCUUAAACAAAAAUCAAUUAUCUGGUGAAAUUCCAACUCUAAUUGAGUCACUGAAAUUGAUUAAAUUGGACUUGUCAAUGAACAAUUUGACAGGUUCGAUACCAUCUGAUUUCGGAAAAUUGAAUCAAUUGAAAGUCAUGAUUCUGUAUUCGAACCAACUUUCCGGCGAAUUACCACCCAGCAUCGGCCAAAUCCCAGCCCUAGAGACCUUCCGGGUGUUCACAAACAAACUCAAUGGUACUUUGCCGCAGGAAUUCGGUCUUCAUUCGAAACUCCAGUAUUUCGAGAUUUCCGACAACCAGUUCACCGGAGAUUUGCCUCAAAAUUUAUGCGCCGGGAAGACUUUAUUCGGCGUGGCGGCUUCUUCAAAUUCUCUCACCGGGACCGUGCCUGAAUCGCUUGGAAAUUGCCAAGCUUUGCGUAGUGUUCAGCUAUUCAACAACAAUUUUUCCGGUGAGGUUCCAUUAGGCCUCUGGACAUCGCGCAAUUUAUCGAGUUUAAUGCUGAGCAACAAUUCUUUGUCUGGUACACUUCCGAGUCAAUUAGCUUGGAAUUUGUCCCUGGUUGAGAUCAGUAACAACCAGUUUUCCGGUCCGAUUCCUACCAGAAUCGGUUCUUGGGCGAGUCUGGUUGAGUUCAAGGCUAGUAACAAUCAGAACAUGUGCAGCGACAGAGUUGCUGAGGCAUUUUGUUGCAGUGCCGCCAUUCCAAGUAUCUUCGGUGCCGCCGCCAUCUCAAGUAAUGUUAAUGUCGCGACCAUCUGGAGUUGCCGAGGGAAGGAGAAUACCGAGGCAACUAAGUUGCAGGGGCAAUACUCACAUCGCCCAAGUUGUGGAGGCAUUCUGUCGACGCCGCCAUCUCUAAUAUCUUCGAUUAUGUCGUCUGAACUUGUCGCGGGGAAUAACUACCGCAGCAACUACUACUAUAGCAACUAA